GUCCUGAAGCGAAUAAGUACCAAUAAUGUAAGCCUCACUCAUAUUCGAUGGUUUCGUAGUGAAAUAGAAAAAAUCCCAAUGGUCAACAUUUGCCCGGUCAGUUGCUAUUACCUGGGCAACUUGAUAGUUACCGAGAUUCUGUCCACAUCUUACCAAUUGAUUCCUUACAGGAUAUAUGAGUCCAAGAUCUGCAAAGAACAUGUUCAGAUAGCUAAGCCUCACUCCGAUCGCUCGCCACAAGUCACGUACAGCUUAGACAUUCAUUACACGAGUGCUAUAGAGGGUAAUCUACUAAUCGCGAUCGGCUGGCAGCUUGGCGCCUGGAGGUGAUGAAGCAAACAUCCUAGUCCGCACUAAAGUGCCCCUUUUACCCCUUAUUGUUCAUCACGAAUGAAUGUGCUGACGAGAGAGAGUCCGAAUCUGAAUUGUUU